AGAUGACAAUUUGAUCUCUUGCCCGAACGGUGGCCCCACCGCCAUCUCCGCCUCUCCGUUCGUGCCUUGCCCCGUGCUUUUCCACUUGAUGCGUCCAGGCCUAUCCCAGUCUGUUAGCACCUUGCUAUAUGACGACAGUACCAACACACAUGGUAUCAACAUCAUGAUCAUCACCAUGAUCAUCACCGUCAUGUCAUGCAGACAAUGCGGUCGAAACAUCAGCGAUCGUCACAUCCGAGCUACAAGAAGCCGGUUUAUCGCUCGUGGAAGAGGCUCUGCGCGUUGCGAUGAUCAGGAACCAUCGUGGCUGGUGGGUCGCUGAUGAGCGAAAUUCACAUCUCUCCUCGUUGUAUCCGCGCCAUGAACACCGGCCAGACCCUGGCCCUGGCCCAGGCCCGCCGAGUUGAGAAUUGUGGCACGAUCAUCAAAGUAAAGAGUCUGGUGUGCGAAGGUGAAAUCAAGUCUGAGACCUCGU